GCCUAGCCUAACUCAAAAACAUCAACAAGAAGAUCAGUCUCUAAGAAAAAGAAAGAUGGAGUGGUGUGUGUCUAUGCCAAAGAUUGAACUCCACGCUCACCUCAAUGGCUCCAUUAGAGACUCCACCUUACUAGAAAUUGCCAGAGGCUUGGGUGAAAAGGGAGUCAUAGUUUUCUCAGAUGUGGAGCAUGUUAUCAGAAAAAGUGAUCGUACUUUACAUGAAGUGUUCAAGUUGUUUGACCUGAUCCAUGUGAUCACUACCGAUCACAAAACGGUGACAAGAAUUACUAAAGAAGUCGUUGAAGAUUUUGCUUAUGAGAAUGUUGUAUAUCUGGAGUUAAGAACAACUCCAAAGAAAAAUGAUUCUAUUGGAAUGAGCAAACGGUCUUACAUGGAAGCGGUGUUAGAGGGUUUAAGGACUAUCACUGUGGUUGAUGUUGAUUUUGUUCCUCAUGGUAUGAAUGUUAGCAUUCCUGUGACCAAUAUGAAUGUGGAUAAUACAUUUAAUGGUACUUCUAAGAAAAAGAUAUAUGUUAGACUUCUUCUCAGCAUUGACCGUCGUGAGAGCACUGAAGCUGCUUUAGAAACUGUUAAGCUUGCUCUGGAAAUGAGGGAUUUAGGGGUAGUUGGUAUUGACCUCUCUGGAAAUCCUAUCAUGGGCCAAUGGAAUACAUUCUUGCCAGCAUUAGAAUUUGCUAAGGAACAAGGCCUUCAGAUAACUCUUCAUUGUGGAGAGGUACCUAAUAAGAAGGAGAUCCAAAGUAUGCUAGGUUUUCUUCCCCACAGAAUUGGGCAUGCUUGUUGCUUUGAAGAGGAAGAAUGGAGGAAGUUGAAAUCAUCUGAAAUCCCGGUUGAGAUCUGUUUGACGUCCAACAUCAGGACUGAAACAAUUUCUUCAAUAGAUAUUCAUCAUUUUGUUGAUCUAUACAAUGCAAAACAUCCUAUAGUCCUGUGCACUGAUGAUUCAGGGGUUUUCUCCACCACCCUUUCUCAGGAGUAUCACCUCGCUGCUUCAGCAUUUGAUCUAGGAAAGAGGGAACUGUUUCAGCUCGCAAAAACUGCAGUCAACUUUAUAUUUGCCGAAGGUGAAGUGAAGCAGGACUUGGAAGACAUUUUCUGUUUGGCUGAAAACAAACUGGAUGUAUGAUUUUGAAGGAGCUUAUAUGGGUAAUACUAGUAGUAUGUUUAUUUUCCGUUGAGGCUAAUUUGUAAUGCACAUUUAACUUUAUGCAUUUCUAAACUCAGUCGUUCCGUAGUUUCACAUAAGAUAA